CAAAGGACAGGUGUUGUAUGUGUCGUAUUCCACUCGUAGUACGAGUACAGUGGAUCGCCGAUCUGCACGGUGUAUGAAGAACUCGACAUGUCAAAAAAGUUGGGCCUUUGCCUUUGCCUUGGAGUUAUGCUAGCUUGUUUCGACUGAGGACACAGGAGGAGACCUUCUGAAAGGGUGACAGCCGUGGUUGAUUCCGAUGGCAGCUUGACGGAAGCGUUCUAUUUUCCCUUCAGGCUUCCCUACAUAGUGCAGACUUUCAUCUGGAGUUUUUAGUUGAGGACAGGCGCAUUACUUACUUUGCCUGUGCGUAAUUUUCUCAUAAUGCCGGACUCCGAUGUUGAUGAGGAUGCUCGACAAGCCCACUUCGUUGUGAUCAACAGAACGCACCAAGGCUAUGGGUUCAAUAUCCGUGGUCAAGUGGCAGCCGGUGGUGUUUUGCGGCCCAUCAACGGAGAGCUGUACAUGCCUAUGCAGUAUGUCAGUGCGUUGGUAGAGGAUGGCCCGGGUGUGGCUGGGGGCCUAAGGCUGGGAGACCGUGUUCUGGAGGUUAAUGGAACCUCUUCAGAAGGUCUAUCGCACAACGAGGUGGUGGAUCUGAUCCGCAGGUCUGGUGAACUGCUCAAGCUCAGUGUCAUCAGCGUCACCAAGGACGAGGCCAAGCAUCUGGAAAUGGACGCCCGGCCAGUGCAGCCGUCCGUCCCCGACGUGUUUGAGCGAUCGUCAAUUCCGAUAUCCAUACCAAGCUUCUCUGAGGAGAUAACUGAUGCCGGCGAGGCAUUCGUGCAAUAUAACCUCCAUUUGAGUGGAAAGCAGACAUGCAGCCGGCGCUACAGGGAAUUUGACGCGCUUUCCAAAUCGUUGAAACGGCAGUAUGCGGAUAUAACCUUUCCCAAGUUGCCACCCAAAUGGCCGUUCAAGCUCAGCGUACAGAAGCUGGAGCAGCGAAGGCGUUCACUCGAGGAGUGGCUGGAUACGGUAUGUUCUGUGAGGUUUCUGAGCGAGAAUAGUGAAGUACAGGAGUUCAUCGGCGCCCCCAAGAUAUAAUGGAAGCCGAUCUAGAAUCACGAUAUUAUUUGAACUAAAGAAGCUGGCCAACUUUCCCGUACAUAGUAUGUAAAUAGUUUGAGGUGCUGUCUAUAAUCAGUCUUCUCCUGUUUCGCAAUACGUGUGUGCGCGCGCGCGCACACACACACACACACACACGACCACCUGCCGUAUAUGUCCACAUAUCCACAAGGCCUCUCUGCACAGCUACAUGCAGGGUAGCACUGUGGCUUCUCUCGCUGCUGGGUGCACUGGCGUAUGCUCGCAUGAGACUAGUUUCUCCUCCAGACCUUUGCGCCUCAUGCGGACAUUUAGCUCGGCCACUUUAAAGUCUUACUAUUUUACCAAACAAACCUUUUAUUCUCUUAGAUGUGCUCUAUUAUGUUGUCACCUUGCGAGACCCAUUGCCACAUAUCUUGUGUUUUGUUCAAAUCUUCAGUUACCCAAUUCUCAUUUCAGGUUUGCCGCCUGUCGAGUCUUUUCCUGCUCUUUCCUGGUUGCCGUGCUUGAGUGUGGGCGUAUGCGCCCUAUUUGAGUGUACAUGUUUGUACAUGAUGUUUAAUUGUUUGCGUACAGUACUGCUUUCCUUGCCGUUGGAGAUGCUUGUGCGUGUGGUGUAGCACGUUGACUACUUACCUAGACGUUAUCGCUACAGACGUGUAGCCCUGCUUGUGUACAAGCUUCUAGUCUUUCUGUCCCUUGAGCAAUAUAGUGCACGUGUCUGCGCAUCCUGCCCUAUCAAGCUGCUCGCAAGUACAAGUCUCGUAUGUGAUCGGGACCUGCAUCUUUAUAAUUAUAUCUUUUUUUCGUUACGUUCUCUUCUCAGUG